AUGCCUCCUGCUGGCAAUGGACCAGGCUACGUCUGUCUGCCAUGCCUCCUCAGAAGCACGAGGACUCAAACACCUCAUCGAUCCCUCCGUCUUGACAAGUCCCUGCAACAGACACCCAAGUCGGCGAUACAUUCGAGUGUCAGCUUGCGUCGACAAGCCAGAGCAGCCCAAGAUGGACAUAAUCCACACGAUGCGGCGUCGACACUUGCCAGCAAGCCAGCUGCUGAACCUCCGGCUCCUGUCAGUGUCGAACUCAGUUCCGCAGAAAGGUCAAAGAUUGGAAGGUUUCACGAAUUUCGUGUGAGACUUCAAGAACAGCUUGACGCUUCGGCAAAAAUAGCGUCAAAUAGAGACGAUAGUCCUCUGGGAGCCAUGAUCGAGAAAGUUUUGGCGCACACAGAAGAUGAUGGAUUACGAACAUUUACAAGUGCCGCAGGGAAGCACUACUCCGAAGUGCCAACUCGCGCGUUCAUUCAAGAUCUGGAUCGUAUCACACCACAUAGACGACCUUCAGCAAAGCUUGUUGAUAACGCGGACACUAUCGUUAUGCUAAAAAAUUUGGGCGUUCUGCAGGAGGGUAUACCAAAAGAGAAGACAACUGCAUCAAAAUCGAAAGGUCCUGUCUCUAAAGACAAGUCAACUUUGCAGACAGACAAUGCUUCUUCAAAUCCAACAGCUGAAGCUAAGAAGACCGCACGAAAAGCAAGGAGAACUGCUCGGGCUAGGGUCAAGGCUCGCAAAGUCCCUUCCAGCGCUAAACCUGUGAGGCUGGCUGCUAGAAAACCGCUAAUGGUUGCAUCGAAUAAUGCACCGGGCAAGAAAACGCCCUCAAAAGACGUUGCUAUGGAGAGAUAUGCUUCAUCCAAAGCAGCCACCGUCCAACCGCCGACAGAUGCCAGAUCAAUAGACAGCUCAUUCGUCCGCUACAAAGCAGUGGAUGUAGAAGCAGCAGCUCAAGUGCCGAAAUUGAGCUUCGACCUCUCGCGGGUCUUGUUCAAUCCAGGUGUAUAUCAUCUACAGGACCCGAGGUCCCGAGUUUAUAACUUCGAUCCUUAUCUGGAGAACAUCAUGCCGAUAACAGAAUUUAAUUUCGACGCCUUGAACCCUUACGUUACCUCUUCGCAAGACACUACCUUGCGAGACGUCUCCAUGAAGCAUCAGAAGCGAUACAUUGGCUCCUCGUCUAGUAUGUCGGGAGCCAUGUCGCAGUUCCACUUUCUUCUCUCGGCCUGGAGGCCUAUCAAUUUCUCAAUAUUGAGCCAAAGGUUUAUGGGACAUUUAAGCAGUUUCACGACAAUCACACGAGCACCAGCAAGCAUCUUUCUGAGGUGGAGAGACGGAGUGUAUGCCGUUGAUGCUGACAAAGAGCACGAUUCACCUAACAUUCUAAUGAUGCAGGGUAAAUCAAUGGAGAAGCUACUGACUCUGGAAAAGAACGAAUUUGAGAAGUAUCGGAAACCCAAAGCAGGCCAAGAUGCACCAGCCAUUGACACUGAGCCUGAGGUUUAUCAUUACUCAACCACUGACAAGUUCUUGCUACGUUCUCAGCUUGAUGCUUACGAUCCACGACUGCCAGGUACAGGAACCUUCGAUUUGAAGACCCGGUCUGUAGCUGGUGUUCGAAUGCUUAUGCAUGAGCAUGAGAGUGGAAUGAACUAUGAGAUAAAAGACCGUUUUGGCAUGUGGGAGUCAUUUGACCGCGAAUACUACGACAUGAUCCGAUCUGCGUUUCUGAAGUACUCGAUGCAGGUGCGAAUGGGCCGCAUGGACGGUAUCUUCGUCGCUUAUCACAACAUCGCCAGAAUAUUUGGAUUUCAAUAUAUCUCUUUGCCUGAGAUGGACAUGGCGCUCCAUGGUCAGGCAGACACUGUGCUGGGAGAUCGUGAGUUCCUGGUAACCUUGAAAUUAAUGGGGGAAAUCUUCGAUGCGGCGGUCCAGGUAUUCCCUGAACAAUCGCUGAGAAUGACUUUUGAUACAAAAGAGCCUGUCAACGAUCAAUCAGCCAUAUAUAUGCGCAUAUUUGUGGAACCUAUGCCCGAAGAUGUAAUUGAGAAGACCCAAAAAUCCAGCAAAGUGAAGCUGGACGCGUACGAGAAAGCCAUGGCGCAGGGUUUGAAAUUGGACAAAUCUGCCCCGUCGCCUUCACGGACACUUGAAGAGGUUUUCGCAAGCGGACAAAGCUCGCCGUCUACACUCGAGUCUAACGCUGCUGAUAUCGGGUUCCUUGACAGCAUCCUAGGUACCCGAGCGCCGGACGGUGAGAAGCCAGAGGCGCAGGGGAAAACACAAGGCAACAACCAAGCAAAGGUCGAAGCGGCGCCCGUUAUAGGUUACGAACUCCACAUCUGGAACGAGGUUAAUGGUAAAAACGUCCUUCGCCCUACUGAUAUCACCUCGGAAGACCGCUGGACUGUCAAAUACAAGCUCGAUCGAAUGGAUAACAACACGACUCGAGCGAAUUCGAACAGAAGUCGUACCAAAAGAGCUCAGGCUCUAGGCCGAGACGACAAGGAAGGCUACUUUCAGAGAAUGAUCCGGCAAUUGAACGAGUCUGGUCGAGAAUGGCGUGCAGAACAGGAUCAACUCGAUGGUCAGAGAGAAAAGGUUACGUUGUACAAUAAUUAA